AUGUCUGGACCAGAUCAUCCGCCAAAGACGCGAACCCGCAAUGGGUGCGCCAACUGUCGACAGAGUCGGGUCAAGUGUGACGGAAAGGAACCCUCCUGCACGCGAUGCUGGCAGAAAGGCUGGCAAUGCACCAGGGAAAAGUUGACUCUCAAAUGGAAGUCCGACUACCAUAGCCGUGGGUUAGCAUUCGGCCGGGAAGGAGUCUGGGGCAAAGGAACGCAGUCGAAGAAAAAUUCUCGUGCGAUCUCAACCGGGGAACAGAAUUGGCAUUUCAAUAGCACGGUGUAUCCGUGGAGCUUUGUCAAUCAGGACAUCUCGACACUCAGAUGGCUUUACGACGAGGAAAGAGCCCCCGGUCAGUCAUCAUCCGUGGAGCUCAGCAUGUUCGGUCUUAAACGCGACAGGCUCGGAGUGCCAGAGCAGGCCCCUUUGUGGUACUCGCCGCCAGUAUUUCCCUAUCCACAAGGGCAAAAAUACGCAAUCAUGGUGGAAUAUUUCAUCGAUCAAGUCUGUCCUCGAACAACGUCAAGUCUAAAGAUUGCUUCCCCUUUUACGUCUGUGAUCCUUCCCUUUUGCUUGAGCGGCUCCGUGAACGGACUCGCAGCGCUCCAAGCACUGGCCGCGUGCUACUGGUCCCAAUCUAACCCGGCACAUACGAGCACCGCAGUGCGGUUAAAGUCUCAAGUCCUGAGAGAAUUGCGCCGCAUGAUUGCGGCGGACCCAUCCUAUACCAUCUCUCCGGAUCCUGAAGUUCUGGUCCUGAUGAUGAUGCUGAGUCUAUACGACAUAGUCGACCAGUGCGACAAAGGAUGGAUCGUCCACCUCCAAGGUGCGAAGGACAUUAUCCGGCUUCGGAGGAAAAACCUGACCAACGAGACGCAAUGUCCAGUGACGGCCUUUGCAGAACUAUUCUUCGCUUUUCAGGAUGUCAUGGGUCGCACCGCCUGUGCCAAGGCGGAUUUGUUUGGCCCUUCUUUCUGGGAUCAAACUGACCGUUCCGUCAAUCCGUGGAUGGGAUGUAGCCCCGAGCUAGUCUCUAUCCUCUUUUCCAUCCUGGAUCUCAGUCGAAUCCGCCCCAAGAUGGACACCGACUUGGCUCAAGAGGUGGACUUUAGCAUGAGAGCUUCUGCCUUGAAUCGAAGAUUGGGUAGCCUUGUGCAAGUCUUGGCUGAUCCAGAAGACCGCGCUCUCCAAGCGGUUGCCGAUCUCAAGCGGCUGGCAUGCACCGUCUAUCUGCACUGCGCUUUAUACGACGCAGAGCCAUCUACCCCAAUCGUUCGCAGUCUCGUCCGGCGAAUCAUAGAGAAAUUGUCCGCCUUGCUCCAAGAGAAUCUCAUCAUCAAUGCAACAUGGCCAAUUUUUGUAGCUGCCGUUGAGCUGGAUCCUGCGGAUGGAGAGGAUUGGCAGGAUCCGGUCACGGGGGAGCUGGUCUGCGGACGAGCUUUGGUCCUGAGAGCGUUGGCUACGAUGGCCCAGUCCACGGUCACCAGUGUGGCGCGCGUCCGCUCCAUCAUUGAAACGGUUUGGCAGUCGCGAGACUGUGAUUUAGCCGCCGGAUCGUCCCGACGGCAAUCCUCCCAACACAAUGAUUGGGAAUGGUAUGUGGUGCCGCUGAGCGAUGCAUUGAGUCUGGUAUAG